AGUUCUACAGCCCGCCUCUCCCACAGAGGUGAAGCCUGGGACGCGGCUUGUCUCCGCCCCGCGGUGCAGCUAGAGGGGUGUGCUUUGGGGGCUUAGGGAAUAGCUAAGGAAGAGGAGGGCCCGGGGUCGUGCCGCAGUCUGCCCUUCCCUAGCUUCUAGGCACUAAGCCUGCACGAGCCCAAAGGUGAUUUUUCCUUGGGCCCAAUAUGAUACUAACCAAAGCCCAGUACGAGGAGAUAGCCCAGUGCCUAGUGUCUGUACCGCCCACUAGGCAGAGCCUGAGGAAGCUGAAGCAGAGGUUCCCCAGUCAAUCGCAGGCCACUCUGCUGAGCAUCUUCUCCCAGGAGUACCAGAAACAUAUUAAGAGAACACAUGCCAAACAUCACACUCCAGAAGCGAUUGAAAGUUAUUACCAGAGGUACCUGAGUGGUGUGGGGAAAAACGGAGCAGCCCCUGUGCUCUUGGAGCUGGCCAAUGAGGUGGACUAUGCACCCUCAUUAAUGGCUCGGAUUAUCCUGGAGAGAUUUCUACAGGGGCACGAACAGACUCCACCCUCCAAGUCUGUUAUAAACAGUAUGCUACGGGACCCUUCUCAGAUUCCAGACGGAGUUCUAGCAAACCAGGUCUAUCAGUGCAUCGUGAACGACUGCUGUUAUGGACCGCUGGUGGACUGCAUCAAGCAUGCUAUUGGCUACGAGCAUGAAGUCCUGCUGAGAGACUUGCUUCUCAAGAAGAACCUCUCCUUCCUAGACGAAGAUCAGCUGCGUGCAAAGGGCUACGACAAAACACCAGACUUCAUCUUACAGGUGCCAGUUGUAAUGCUUUGUCCCUUAGCUGUGGAAGGACACAUAAUUCACUGGAUUGAAAGCAAAGCCUCAUUUGGUGAUGAAUGUAGCCACCACGCCUACCUGCAUGGCCAAUUCUGGAGCUACUGGAAUAGGUUCGGACCAGGCUUGGUCAUCUAUUGGUAUGGAUUUAUCCAGGAACUGGACUGCAACCGGGAAAGGGGCAUCCUGCUCAAAGCCUCUUUCCCAACAGACAUUGUCACCUUAUGCCACAGCACAGCUUGACCCCGAAGGUCCCGGAAGAGAAGCCGGAAGCAAUGUUACUUUCCUGCAGUAUAAACUGCUGGCAACAUCUGCCCUGAACUUCAGCUGAACCCUGCUGCUGCCGUCGCAGCCCUACCUCUCUACACAAACAUAUCAAGAGUUUCUGUUUUCCUUCAUCCCUGGGCGAUGUGAAUAGCCAAGAACUACAGACACAACCCACUCAUUAUCAGCAUUUCUGUCUCUAACAAACAGUUAGUUUAUAGAUAGUCAUAAUCUUGCUUCCUUCCGAAUGCUUUCUCCUUGUAUACUGAACAGAAGAGAAAGUAUGGAGACUGAGAGGUAUGAUUUUUCAGUUCUCCUCCCUAUGAUCAAAUAUAUUUUCUUCUAAACCUCCAUUCAUAUUCUCUCUCUCUCUCUCUCUCUCUCUCUCUCUCUCUCUCUCUCUCUCUCCCCCUCUCCCUCUCCCUCUCUCUCUCCCUCUCCUUCUCCCUCUCCCUUCUUCUCUCCUUCUCUUUCUUCUGUCCCCCAGUCUCUGCAAGGGUACACUGGUACUGUGUGUUGCAUUACCACCGGGGAAAAACCUAGCACAAACCUAGAGAAGCUGGAGACAGGAAGUCCAUAAGUAAGUGUUCCUUCUCACCUGGGGCUCAGCAGAGCCGGACUGGAGCCUUUUCUAUGGAGUCUCGUGGCCUCCUGACUUCUGUGGCAUUCAGCCAAGGUGCAAAAAUCCCCCUUGAUGAGAAUUUCCUCUUUUCAUAAAGUUGAUUUGAACACCAAACACUUCACGUUGACCUCACCUUCAAGUAUGAGUUGCAGUUGUGUCUGGAAAACCUUGCUCCUUUGGCUUGGGGCUGAGGCAGUGGACUGAACCCCAGGCUCCUCUCUACAGUGGCCGUCUAAACCGGACUGCAGCCAGCACAGUGUUAGCAGCUAUUUUUAUGAGAUUUUUUUAAAGUACAUUCAUACAUACUGCUUUAAGUCUGCAUUUUAUACUACAUAAUUGUAUAAUACUCAAAUGAUUUAGACAUUAUAAACAGUCAGCUUUGAAUGAAUUCAGUGUACCAGAAAAAUCCUCAUGUGAUUUUUAAAUAAGCAAUAUAAAAGAGAUUUUGUAUUUAUUCACUUUAAUUUCUUCACUUUUAUAUACUGUAGACCAGGCUUCAGUGAGAAGCAAAACAUCAAUAAAAUAAUUAUAAACCUAUCUUUUGGGAAAUUAAAAACUAAUCUGUAUCUCCCCAAAAAAAUGUAUUUUGUAAAAAAAAAAAAAAAAUGCCCUCAUGCUUGUAAAAAUGUAGCUUUUAUAAUGUUGAAGAGUUUUAGAAAUAAAAUUAUGACUCUUGGAAACAAAUACCUUAACUCAUACACAUUGGUCAGUUCCUUUUGUACCUGGUUAGUGAAAAGCUUGGUCUGUUACCUUCCUCCCAAGGGUCACAAGUGUGGCAGGUCCAAGACAGGAUUUUAAGCCUUCUCUGAGUGCUGGCGAGAGAUUUCAACAUUUAAGAGUAUGGUGCUUUUGCAGAGGGUCCAGGAAAUCUUAGGAAAGAAGGUAGAGUUACGGGUAAGGUGGAGUCAGGCAGACUCCUGUUUCCACCUAGAGUGCAGCAUGCAGGUUUGGUGCAUGAAAUAGAGAGACGAUUUGAGACCCACUACAUGGACUUUAUACACAGUUUAAAGAAAAAUAUUAAAAUCUGGUUUCAUGGCAUGCCCUAAGCUAGCAGUUUGGUUUGUUUUGGUUUGGGUUUGAGGAGUUAGAAGGGGUGCAGUAAAUUACAUGUAUCUGCACAGAUGUUGAAAAUCUUUCUAAACCCUUGUCAAAGAUUUGCUUGUCUUAACAUUAGCCUAAUUUAUGAUGACCAUUCACUAAUAAAUUGUAAACGCC